UAAACGGAAGGACUAUGGUCUCCGACGACGGCACGCGCGCUGACGCGCUGACCGUCCGCCGGAGCCAAAAGCGGAUCUAUUUUCUCUCUCCGCGUGGGGGUGGUUACUUACAUAGCAUGAUUUUAGCUAAAAGCAAAAUCACACUUUUUAAAACUUUAAACUCUUUCGCACACUUGACUCUUUUCCGUUCACAUGUGACAAAUUUUGUUAUUGGUUAUUUCCCUGUUGUACUACUUAUUACAAGUGGCAUAUAGCCAUAAAAUCAAUUUUUUUUUUCUUUUUGGACAGCAUAGCCAUAGAAAAAAAAAGCUGAAGGUAAUCAUAAAAUCAUUAGAUGAGUGAAAAAAACCAUAAAAUCAAUUAGAUGAGGUUAUGAAUGUAAUCAUUCGAAUUAUAGAUACUAUAAAAUUUGGAAUUUGGAAUGAAAAGUAGUAAAUUGUAAGAUACAGUUGAGGCCCUAUAAUUUUCCCCAAAUAGCAGUGGCCCAGUAUCUACGUCUUUGCUUGUUUUAUAUGUUAAAACUUAAAGCCCAUGAAAGGCAUGUGCGCUGUUUCUCUCAUCUUCACUACUAAACCCAUAAAAAAAAAGAGACUUGUCAACUACUACUACUACUAAAAGAGAGAGAAUAAGUAUAUGUUUUGCUUAUAAACAAAAUAAUUAUAUUUUAGUACGUACCGCAUUUUAGGAAAGUGAACCAUGAACCAAUGUCGGUCGAAAAUUAAUUAAAUUUGUAAAAAAAAAGACUUUAAUUACGUCAUUAAGAGAAUUAAACGGUAGCUAACUGUGUUUUAACUUUUAACGAAGCAAUUACUUUAUUGCGCCGAAAAAUCAAACAAAACGCAUCAAAACGUUGAGUCACUGUGCUCGCUGCAAUGGAUAAUUGUUUAUUGACCACGAACAUGUGAAACGAUCCAAAUUCGAUAUUAUAAAUCGCUCUCUCCCUCUCUCCAGAUCCAACAGAGGUUUCACACUGCUCCGAUCAUCAUCAUCAUCAUCAAUCCAUUUAUUCUUGUUCUCAGCAGAGCAUAGGAGCUUUUCUUUGUUGCUAAAGAGUUUGAUGUUAUACCUCCUGGCACUUAAUCUAAAAUGUUUGGUGGGAAAAGUUGCAUACUCAGAGGAGGAAGUGUAUCACUUGCCUUGGUUAUCCUCAUCUUUUUGAUGCUAACACUCCUGGUUUCUGAGGAAAACCCACUUCGUUCUUCUCUCUUUGAUGUACAACUUCAGUUCUCAGCUUCUCCUCCUCCUCCUCCUCCUCCUCCUCCUCCUCCUUCUUCUUCUUUUUCAGUUUGUAACUAUGCAAAAGGAAAAUGGGUUAAAGACAAGAAGCGACCGUUGUACUCUGGUUCUGAAUGUAAGCAGUGGCUAUCAUCCAUGUGGGCCUGUAGAGUAAUGGGCAGACCUGACUUCUCAUUUGAAGGUUACCGGUGGCAACCGCAAGGUUGCAACAUGCCACAGUUUGACAGGUUCACCUUCUUGACAAGAAUGCAGAAUAAGACGAUAGCGUUUAUAGGAGACUCAUUGGGACGGCAACAGUUUCAGUCUCUGAUGUGUAUGGCCACUGGUGGUGAAGACAGCCCAGAGGUUCAAAACGUGGGAUGGGAGUACGGUUUAGUCAAACCCAAAGGAGCUCUCCGUCCUGAUGGUUGGGCGUAUCGUUUCCCCACCACAAACACAACCAUCUUGUAUUAUUGGUCAGCUAGUUUAUCAGAUUUGGUCCCCAUGAAGAACACUGACUCACCUCGUCUCACCGCAAUGCAUCUGGACCGUCCACCAGCGUUUAUGAGGAAGUACCUUCACCGUUUCGAUGUGUUGGUUCUUAACACGGGCCACCACUGGAACAGAGGCAAGAUCGAAGGCAAUCACUGGGUGAUGCACGUGAACGGAACACAGGUCCAAGGAGAGUUUCUUAAAGAUAUAAGUCACGCUAAGGUUUUUACAAUACGCAGCGUUGCGAAGUGGCUAGACGCGCAGCUUCCGUUGCAUCCGCGGUUGAAAGCUUUCUUUAGGACGAUAUCUCCGAGGCAUUUUAGGAACGGAGAUUGGAACACAGGUGGGAACUGUAACAAUACUGUCCCUCUGUCUAGAGGAAGUGAAAUCAAUGGUGAUGAUGGGUCGGUUGAUGCAACGGUGGAGAGUGCUGUGAAUGGGACGAGGAUCAAGAUUCUUGACAUAACUGCACUCUCUGAGCUGAGAGAUGAAGCUCACAUCUCAGGGUCUAAGCUCAAACCUAGAAAACCUAAAAAAGUGAAGAGUAACGUGACAGCCACGGCUCCAGUGGUUAAUGAUUGUUUGCAUUGGUGCUUACCUGGGGUCCCAGAUACUUGGAAUGAACUUUUCAUUGCUCAGAUUUAAAAAAAUACUCAUACACCAUUUAUAGGUAGUUCAGUGGAUUGGCUCUGUUUGAUUCUUUGUUAUAGAAAAGGUUUUGGUUUUGGUUUUGUUCUUUUACAUUCUUUCUCGGAGAAAAACAAAAGGCUACAGUUGAGUUUGUUUGUCUUUUACUGACAUUUCGACUGAUAUACAUUUACAGAUGAUUGAUUCAUAUGA